GGAACAGUAGAGGAGCGGAAUGGAGGAGGACAAGCAGAACCCGGAGCACCGGAGCAACAAGGUCCCCAGAAGACAAGCAGCAGGCUCGUCCUCUGAUAGCAGCGAUGUUGAGGAACAGAGAGGAAGAGAGGAACUUAUACUUCAUCACCGUGACAAAUCCUUCAAAACAUCUGGAUCUUUAAAAAUUCAUCAAAGACUUCAAACUGGAGAGAAACCAUACAGCUGUGACCAAUGUGAGAAAACAUUUUUGCGCUGCAGUGCCCUUAAAGCCCAUCAACGCAUUCACAUUGAUGGGGAACUGUCCAGUUUUUUCCAAAGUGGGAAGGAUUUCACAGAGUCAGGGACCUCAAAAAAACAAGACAUUUACACAGCAGAGAAACUGUUUAGCUGUGAUCAAUGUGAGAAAGCUUUCACGUGCUCAGGUAACUUGAAAACCCAUCAACGCAGUCACACAGGAGAGAAACCGUACAGCUGUGAUCAAUGUGGCAAAGCUUUCACAUGCUCAGGUAACUUGAAAACCCAUCAACGCAGUCACACAGGAGAGAAACCGUACAGCUGUGAUCAAUGUGGCAAAGCUUUCACACAGUUAGGUCAGUUGAAAGCCCAUCAACGCAGUCACACAGGAGAGAAACCGUACAGCUGUGAUCAAUGUGGCAAAGCUUUCACACAGUUAGGUAGCUUGAAGACCCAUCAACACAGUCACAUAGGAGAGAAACCGUACAGCUGUGAUCAGUGUGGCAAAGCUUUCACACAAUUAGGUAGCUUGAAGACCCAUCAACACAGUCACACAGGAGAGAAACCAUACAGCUGUGAUCAAUGUGGCAAAGCCUUUGCACAGUCAGGGGCCUUAAAAUUCCACCAACGUAUUCACACAGGAGAGAAACCGUACAGCUGUGAUCAAUGUGGCAAAGCCUUUGCAAAGCCAUGGAACUUAAAAACCCACCAACGUAUUCACACAGGAGAGAAACUGUACAGCUGUGAUCAAUGUGGCAAAGCCUUUGCACAGUCAGGGGUCUUAAAAAGCCACCAACGUAUUCACACAGGAGAGAAACCGUACAGCUGUGAUCAAUGUGGCAAAGCCUUUGCACAGUCAGGGGUCUUAAAAAGCCACCAACGUAUUCACACAGGAGAGAAGCCAUACUGGUGUGACCAAUGUGGAAGAUUAUUUGCCCACUGCAGUAAUUUGAGAACCCACCAAUGCCGGCAUGCAGUAGAGAACCCGUACAGCUGUGACUAGUGUGAGAAAGCUUUUAUUGAAAGGUAUAACCUAAAAAUCCACCAACGUGUUCACACCAGAGAGAACCCUUCCUGAUGUGACCAGUGUUGGUAGUGACAUUAAAGCCCACAAAUGUGUUUACCCUGCAUUGUUUUGGACAUUUUCAGGGCCAGGCAAACAUCUUCCUACUGCUUCCUCCCCAUGCCCUGAUAGCUGUGUUGAUAUCUUACUUUUGUCUUUGAUUAUUUUUAUCUGUUUAUUUAUUUUAACUGUAACCUCAUGUUGGACCACCAGAUUCCUCCCUGUAGGACUCCCAUGUGUGAGAGCUGAUGUAGAGGCAGACAGUGUAUUGUUCUAUAUCAAAUGUGAAAAUAAUGUCAGUUGCAAAAGGUCUUAGAAACAGUUGACCAGAUUUCGCAAUAGGAAGGACUCCUUAUAAGAAGUUGUUUUUGAAUACUGUCGAGUUGUUGUACUUUGGAGUUACUGGGAAGGACUCAUUUUAAAGAAUUGUUUUUGUAAUGUUGAGUAAUUCUUGUACGAUCACAACCAACCUUCUACAACCAACAGAGAUAUGUCAACUACACAUUUGAGGUUCUUAAGCAAUUAGGUCAGCAACUGCAUGAAACCAGUGCCAUGGCGUGGUAGAGUAGACGAGCUUUAAAUUGGAUUUUAGCAGAAAUAGGAGGAGUAUGUUAAAUGUUCGAGACGCUCUGUUGUAUGUUUAUUUUGAAUAACACUUAGCCUGAUGGAACAAUUUCUGUUGCUAUGAGUAAGCUUGAAGCCUUAAAAUCUGAAAUGACUGAAAAUGCUGGUAAGAGUGGAAGAAUCAAGUGGGAUGAGUUAGAGGAAAUCUUUGGAAAAUGGGGAGCCGUUUUGGCUAAAACAGGGAUAAUUGUACUGAUAGUACUAAUUCUGUUUUCCUUAUUGACAUGUUGCAUCAUGCCUAUCCUGACGAAAUGGUGUGAGAAAGCGAUGGACAAGAAGCUGAACCUUAGUUUAGUUUAGUUUAGUUUAUUUGUUUAUUUGAAAAGGGACAAUGUACCUUAAU